AUGUCUGUCGAACAGGUUGCUGCUAAGUAUACGCAAUUGCAAGGGGAAUUGGAACAACUCAUUGUAACCAGGCAAAAACUCGAAACUCAACUACAAGAAAACAAGAUUGUUAAUGAAGAACUUCAAUCUUUAAAAGAAGAUAAACAGGUUUACAAGCUUACUGGUGGUGUUUUAUUACCAGUGGAACAUGAAGAAGCCAACAGUAAUGUGUCUAAGAGAUUGGAAUUUAUCCAGGGUGAGAUCGACCGCUGUGAAGGCAACAUCAAGAACAAACAACAAGAAUUGGAACAAGCAAGAGAUGAAUUGAUCAAAUUGCGUUCGUAA